CACCGUCAUCUUUGUGACCGUGGUUCGCCGCCUGGAAACUUGUGCGUGUUCGACCUCCGUCAGAUGCUUUUCUUCCAUAUGCUGUGUUAAUUACUUAAUUUUUCCUGUUUUACCAAAUCUUGUUUCAAAUUCGGAUUGGGAACUGUCAAUAUAUGGUCUACGGGCUCAAUGUUUAUAAGCCUAAUAGUCCAUUAACUCUGAGAAACGGAGCCUAACGCAUGCACGUAGGAGCUUCAAGUGAUUUUUGACAUUCCUUUUCCUGUGGAGGACAGAAAGUGAUGCCAUAACUUGGAAGCCUUGCAUCUGUUAAGACUGCCAGAUUCAUCAUAUGUAAAACCAUGUCACAGAAUUGAGAGCGGACGAAGUUACGGAAAAAAAAUAUGGCAAUUCCCUUCUCAAGUCAAUGGGCGUGAACUUGAUAUCUACAGAUUUUCAUUUAGUGAUAUGCAUACUCCAUCGUAGACCUCAGGGCUUCAAAUGGUCAAUAUGGACUAAGGAGCCGGUACAUCAGUUGAUGGGAAAGAAGCUACUCUAUUUUCUGUACGAAUGAGUUUGAACUUGAUACUUCGAGCAGGUGGGGCAGGAGGAACAUCGAAACAACUUAUUAGUCUCUUUUAUCCUUCAACGUUUCAUAUUGCUCAUCACUGUUUUAACGCCUUCUUGAACACUAAUUCUCCCAGUAUCACUGAGGCCACAGAGUUCUAUUCUUCUCUGAUUGGACAUUGCAGAGACACAAAAUCUUUAAGAGGCAUCAGCGGUGUUCAGACCCACAUUAUUAAAUCCGGUGUUUCAUACCUAUCCUUAGGCAAUAAGCUCAUUGAUGGCUACAUUAAGUGCAACGGGCUUUCUGAAGCACGCAGGCUGUUCGAUGAAUUGCCUAGCCGACAUAUAGUAAUAUGGAAUUUAAUGAUUUCUUCUCAUGUUAGCCAUGGUAGGAGUAAAGAAGCCCUUAAGUUAUUUGUGAGAAUGCUGGUCGAUGGAGUUUUACCUGAUGAGUUCACUUUUUCAAAUAUUUUCAAGGUAUUUCCAGAUUUAGUUCUUCUGCGUGAAGGCCAGAGGGCUCACGGGUUAUCGGUGGUAUUGGGUUUUGAAAUUUUUAAUGGAUUUGUUGCUAGUGCUCUAGUUGAUAUGUAUGCAAAGUUUGGUAAAAUAAGGGAUGCCCUUAUGGUGUUUGGUCGUGUUUUGGAGAAGGAUGUUGUCUUGUUUACGGCAUUAAUUGUUGGUUAUGCGCAGCAUGGCCAUCAUAUCGAGGCUUUAGUAGCUUUCGAGGACAUGGUCAAUAAGGGAAUUAAAGCUAAUGAGUAUACUCUUGCAAGUAUCUUGAUAAGUUGUGGUAGUCUGGGGAGUUUAGUUAAAGGUAAGUUGAUUCACAGCCUCGUCAUUAAGUCUGGUCUUGAAUCUGCAGUUGCUUCACAGACAUCACUCCUUACUAUGUAUUCAAGGUGCAGCAUGGUUGAUGAUGCCAUGAACGUUUUUAAUCGGGUGCCGAAUGCAAACCAGGUGACAUGGACCUCUCUGAUAGUGGGUCUUGUGCAAAAUGGGCGAGAAGAGGUCGCUUUAUCAUUAUUUAAAGAAAUGAUUUGUUGUUCGAUAAAUCCAAAUUCAUUCACAUUGUCUAGUGUUCUUCAGGCUUGUUCAAGCCUUGCACUGCUUGAGGUAGGGAAACAGAUUCAUGCCCUAACCAUGAAGAAAGGAUUCUAUGAUGAUAAGUAUGUUGGUGCUGCACUGAUUAAUAUGUAUGGAAAAUGUGGAAGUACGGGCAUGGCAAGGUCUGUUUUUGACACGUUAACUGAGGCAGAUGUAGUGUCUAUUAAUUCAAUGAUAUAUGCUUAUGCCCAGAAUGGUUUUGGACGUGAGGCACUUCAGCUACACGAAAGGAUGAAAUAUUUGGGACUUGAGCCAAAUGAUGUAACAUUUUUAAGCAUUCUCUUGGCAUGCAACAAUGCGGGAUUAGUCGGAGAAGGUUGCCAAAUAUUUGCCUCCUUCAAGGAAAACCAGAAAAUUGAGUUAACAAGAGAUCACUACACCGUUAUGGUUGAUUUGCUGGGACGAUGUAGGAGAUUCAAAGAGGCUGCAAUGUUAAUAGAGGAAGUGAGAAAUCCAGACGUGGUCCUAUGGAGGACAUUACUAAGUGCAUGUAGGAAUCACGGGGAGGUGGAGAUGGCGGAGAGAGUUAUGAGAAAAGUACUUGAGCUUGCUCCUGGGGAUGAGGGUACUCAUAUCCUCCUGUCAAAUCUUUAUGCUUCAGCGGGAAAAUGGAACCAGGUUAUUCAGAUGAAAAGCACAAUAAGGGACUUAAAAGUGAAGAAAAAUCCUGCAAUUAGUUGGGUUGAUGUUGACAGAGAGGUUCAUUCUUUUAUGGCUGGAGAUUUGUCUCACCCAAGAGCUCAUGAAAUUUGUGAAACGUUGCUUGAAUUAAAUGAGAAGGUUAAAAUUCUGGGUUACAAUCCUGAUACAAAAUUUGUGCUGCAGGAUAUAGAAGAAGAGAAGAAGAUAAGUUCUUUAUAUUAUCAUAGUGAAAAACUAGCCAUAGCUUUUAGUUUGUGGAAGACUAAUGGUAGGACUAGUAGUAUCAGGAUAUUUAAGAAUCUUAGAGUUUGUGGCGACUGUCACAGUUGGAUAAAAUUUGUUUCUUUACUAACUGGGAGAGAGAUUAUUGCCAGAGAUGCCAAGAGGUUUCAUCAUUUUAAAGGAGGGAUUUGUUCCUGUGGAGAUUAUUGGUUCCACUCUGCACAGCCAGGUGAAGUCUUAAGGAUUGAAGUUUGAGGAUGGGAAUUUUGUUCCAUCUGUGAUUUUACUUGAACAGAAGAGCUUCUUUUG